UGGAGGCUCUUUGAGGACAGCCAGACAGUGAUCCAUGCUAUCGUAAACUGUCCAAGAUCCGAAACUCAUUCAGCAACGUACAGCUUUUGGUUCAUCAUCAUGAGUCAACGUCCUACGCCUCAUUCGCUGAGAUCCAGCAACCUCUUCUACCCCGCCCGCACCAUUGGCCUGGUGACCGACCGCAUUCCCUUCCAGUACUCACAGAUGGGCAACGACGCCUUCCUGGUGGUGAGCGUCGGGCGAGCAUACCAGGUCAUGGAUGCCCGCAGGCUGCGGCUGGCCUACAUCGGCCACCAGGGCGGCGACAAGAUCAGGGCCAUGUGUGCGGACAAGGAGACGGUGUUUGUGGCCGUCAAGCGGGACAUCGUGGGCUACAGGCGGCUCAAGGAGGUGAGGAGGAGGGACUGGCUGGCAGAUGGAUGGAUGGAUAGAUCAGCAGUGUGGAUGCACUCGCCGUGCUCUCCCUGUCUGUGUAUUUCAAGGUCCAUCGGUUUUCGGGUCACCGCAAGUCUGCCAGCGGUCUGCAUCUGUUUGGCAGGACACUCAUGUCCUGGAAUGAGAAUGAGCUCAAGUUCUGGGACCUUGACACAAGUACACGAGAGAGCAGAAAGAAGAUGCCAUCCGUCCUUCUGCUCAUUGUACUCGUCUGUUUGUCCAUUGUCUGCAGACGCUGAGGUUCCCUCCCCCGCCCUCCCCGCCGAUUUCUCCAUCUCGUGUCUGCUCCACCCGCCCACCUACCUCAACAAGGUCCUCAUCGCAUCCACCGCAGGCGACCUGCAGAUCUGGAACACCCGCACCCUCGAGCUCAUCCACCACCUGACAUGCAUCCCCACAGCAACCACCGGCACCCGCGACACUGUCACGUGUAUGGUCACAUCCCCUGCUUUCGACGUGGUGGGCGUCGGCUUUGCGUCUGGGCGGAUCGUUGUGUGUGACAUCCGGAAGGACGAGGUGCUGAUUGAGUUCCGGCAGCAGCAGGGGGGCGUGACGUGUCUGGCGUUCCGAUACGACGGCGUGGGAAUGCUGGUCAGCGGGGCGACUGGGGGCGAGGUGGUGGUGUGGGACCUCGACAAGCAGCAGUUCCACAGCACCGAGGAGAAUGCGCAUGCGGGGAGGGUCGUGCAAGCGACGUUCUCGUCUGACGGGCCGUUCCUCUUCACACAAGGUGCGUGUCGGACAGGGGAAGGUGUGAAUCUGUGUUGCUAGAGUGUAUUUGGCUGCAGGUGAGGACAAUUCGAUCGUCAAGUGGGUGUUCGACCGGGCGGACGGCGGCAUGCGGGAGGUCAAGGCGAGAAGGGGACACAUCGGGGCCGUCCACCACCUGGCAUUCUACGGUCAGCGACUAUCCUAACGCCCCUGGCGCAUUCACCAAUUUCAUCCAUUCGUGUGUAUUGGUGUGUGUCAUCCUGCAGAUGACGAGGGCAAGGAGCUUCUGUCGUGCAGUACUUUCGACAACAAGGGCAUACUCGGUAGGUAGCCGACGCACACACACAUCACCGCACGAACACACACGAGAUGUCUGUUUUGCUUAUACCGUUCAUUCAGGCAAGACGUCGUUCAUCCAGCAGCACCAGAACCUCCAUUUCAGCCAGAAGGCCCUCAGGAAGCGGCACGACAAGUGGAGCCCGCCCCAUCAGCACCUGCCGCCCAUCGUCGAUGUGGCCUUUGCGUACUCACGGCACUUCGACUGGCCCAACGUCGCCACCGUCCACAAGGGUAGACCAGAUCGGGGGCAGAUCAGAUCGUUCGUGUGCUGACAAUGCGGUGUGGCUUCUUGCAGGUGAGCAUGAAGUCUAUCUGUGGAGCGGACACGACAAGACUCUCGUAAGUGAUGGCGGACAGCACACAAAGCCAUCCUCAGCCCACCUAUCUCUCCCUCAUGAUCAGGUGCCGCGGACGCUCUCGCUUCGUCACGAGAAACAGCGGCCGCCCACCCUGCCCGCGGCCACAGCAGUGGCCAUCAGUGGCUGCGGCAACUUCGCUGUCGUGGGCUACGAGGACGGCCAGAUGCAUCGCUAUAACCUGCAGUCCAGCCUGCACCGUAACAGCUACUUGCGGAAAGACAGUGACGUAAGCAGAGAGAAUUAUGUGCCGAAUUGUGUGAGAGUAUCGGUGGAUGGGCAUCUGUUGUUGUCUGUGCAGUGGUCGGAUCGGGCCCACCGGUCUCGCGUGAGCCACGUGGCCAUCCUGCACUCGCAGACGCUGCUGUCAGCCUCCAACCAUCCAAAGGUACCAACAGGGACAAAGCCACCCAGUGGAUCGAUCUCCUGUGUCACCUCCCCGUCUCUCUCUGGCCUUCCAGGACAUUUGCCUGUGUGUGUGGAGCCUCCACAGCCACCAGCUGGAGCAUGAGAUCGCCAUCCAGCCCACGACAGCACCGGCCGGCCCCGUCACCAUGUUUCGCUGCAUGGGGGUGCUCGCCGCUGUCGCACUCACGAGUGAGCGGGGGCGUUGAACACGUGGCAAUGAUAUGGAUCGGUCCAUUCGGUGGUGUGUGUGUUGCUGUGUGUAGGUGGCGUGGUGUGUGUGGUGGACCUGCAGUCUGAGAGCGUUGUGAGAGAAUUCGGAGGGCUCACAACCGUCACGGACCUGGCAUUCAGGUGAGCGAUGACAAUGCAGCGUCCUCAGGCAAUGGAGCACCGUUUGCCCAUGACGGUGUCUGUGAUUCACUCAGUCCUGACGGUCGUUGGCUGGCGGUUGGUUGCAUCGACAGCUGUCUGUACGUGUAUGACCUGUUCGCCUCUUCCCUCAUCGACUGGGUGCGCUUCCAGUCGCCCCCACUCGCCGUGGUCUUCGAACCGAACGGGGUCUUCCUUCUCACAUCACACACACACUCCAAAGGUGAGCUCGGCUCGGCUAGUGGGGCCAAGGAACGUCGCUGCUUCUGAUGCGCCUGUCUGUCUGUCUGUCUGUCUCUGUCUGUCUGUCUCUGUUUGCAGGUGGGACCUUCGUGUGGGCCAACAAGCACGUCUUCGACCCCUACCUGCGCGCCCCCCUCCUCAGUGGCGUCCCCACACAGCCCAUCGACAUUGAGGAGCCCACCAUCACCAAGCAGGUCGCUGACGAUGAGGGAGAGGAUCUGACCGAGGAGAAAGACGGGCAACAGGAGACAGAUGGGGUGGAGCCGGCUCAUGGCGACGAGGUCGAGAAUGGGGGUGUCGUGGAGCCUCUGCACGAGGGCGCUCUGACGCUGUCGGGCGUGCCGCAGGGAAAGCUCCAGGCCAUCCUCUACCUCGAACAAAUCAGAGAGAGGAACAAAGUGAGAGCAAACAGACACGGACAAGCAAGCAUGGCUUAGUACUUCUGCACUCUUCUCCCUUCCUUUGCCCUUCUCAGCCCCGCGAGCCGCCCAAGCCUCCGCCGAAGGCCCCCUUCUUCCUGCCCACUCGCUACGAAGGCGUCGACCUCAAAUUCGCCCCCCUGGCUGCCGACGAGGCACUCGUCGAGGAUGAGGAGGGAGGGGAAAGCGAGCGUGCUGAGCAACCAACUGCCAAGCGAGUGCGGCGGUCAGCGAGUGGGAUGACGGCAUUUCAGCGUCUCGUGAAGAAGGGCAAGUACGAUGCGAUGCUGAAUGCGUUGAAGGGCAUGACGCCCUCUGGGGUGCACGUGGCGUUGUCGCAACUGGGGCCGCUGGCAGGGGGGACGAUCAAGGAAGUAAGGGAAGAGGGAGUGAGAGGGCAGUGAGUGCUGAGAAAAUGGCACCGUUGUCGUCACGUGCAGAUAAUAAGUGUCUUGGGGUUCUUUGAGCACUACCUCGAUCGUCGUGAUGAGGCCGACCUGAUCCAGACGCUGCUGUACACCUUCCUACAGGUAGGAAUGCCACACGCAGCGACGGGACAGAUGGGAAAGAGGUAGGUCAGUCAGCUUGCCCGCUCUUUGUGUCAGUUUCACCACCACUGGCUGUUUGGUGACCCCGACCCCUCGACCGACCCGAGCGAACACGCCGCUCUCAUCGACGCCGCCAGCCGUGUUGUCAGCCGACUUGACGAUGACUGGAAGGUGCUGGACCACCAGUUCCAGCACCUGUUCUGCUCUAUCAAACUCCUGACACACCUGCAGGUGAGGUGAUAAAAAAACUGGCUGGUCGGUGCAUGUUUGAAUGCGGCCUCUGUGUGUCUUGUAUCUUGUGUCUGCAUCUCUGCAGAUGGAGACUUAGAGAGUGAGCAUGGUGUAUGUGUUUUGCGUUGUCAGGGGAACGGAUCGUGUGCAUAGAGCGUGACGCAUAAGGGGUGUGGUGAAAUCCGCCAUUUGACGUACGAUUGCAAGAAGCGCGACUUGGUCUACAUGAGACACAUUCAUUCGUCAGAUAUAUGAAUCGGAAUGGUACAAUAAGCAAUGAGCAUGAGUCAGACAGUCAAGUGGAUAAGAAAACCGAAGCAGCAGCAGCAGCUCGCGCGAGCAGGGAGAGCCGUCGUCGUCUAGCGCAGCGUUUCCCGCGUCUGUGGCGGCACAGAACGAG